UCAUAAUAAUCCGAAAAGAAAAAUAGACAUCUCAUGCUCUUCGUGUAGAGAGAGAGAGAGAGAGAGAGAGAUGAGCGUGUUCGGAGGCGAUAGCUGGGGAAGAGUGGCGCAGCACCGGAAGAGGAGAUUGGAGUUUCUGGUUGCGGAAUCCGUCGACGCCUCGUCCUACAAAAAGCUAUCAAAUGGCAAGUAUGCCUGUCUCGUCUGCCCCCAAAAUCCCGUCAUCGAUUCCCUCUUCAUGCUUUCCGCGCAUUGCAAAGGAUCGCGCCACCGCACAGCAGAGUCCAGGCUAAAUGAAAGAGAGUUUGACAGACAAGAAGAAUUGAAUAAGAGAAUAUUCUUAUUAGGCUCUAUUGGUGGCAAUGCCAAUCCCAACUCCGCAACUUGCAGCAAAAAAUUUAAGUCCCCUGAUUACAAGCCGGUGAGUGGGGAGGCGCUAAAAUCUGCUUGGGAAAUCCUCAGCAACAAAGCUCCAAUGCAGGAUUCAAGAAACAAAACCGGUGACAAAGAGUUGAGUGCAAGUCCUGCUACUGAUAGAACUACUAAUUGUCAGUUGAGUGUUGUGGGUAGUUCAUUUCCUGCUGCAGAAGCAUCUGAGGAGGAAGUUGCGAAGCGUUUUAUGGAUUACCGGGAGCGGCGAGAGAGAGAGCUCAAGUUCACGGCUGCAGGGUGGAAGCGAAAUUGUCAUGGAAAGUGGUAUAAAGAUGAGAAUGUUGAGUUUGACUCUGAUGAAGCGGAUCCAAAUGUCUGUCUGUUUUAGCUGACAAUUCUUGACAAGGACUGGAUUUGAAAGACUCUUGAGCCCCGUUCGGGAGCGUUUUCAAAAUGGUUGUGUUUGACUACCUUUUUAGAGAGAUCCGUGUUGAGUAUAAGAAAAACUAAAAAUAAAAAAAGGUGAAGCUGUAGUAUAGGGGGGAAAUAAAGGUGAAGCUAUGUUUGAUUAGUGUCACUGACAAUUUGUUACACUCAAUGUGUGUUCAAUACUUUAGUAUUCGGAGUUAUCCUUGAGGAAGUAUUACUUUUGUGUUUCUGUGUUAACUUUGGAAAUGUAGAACGAGUAUGAUGCAUUGUGUACAUAUAACCUCAACUGUAUCUGACAUGUAACUUGUAAGCAAAAUUUGUUGAUAAACUU